CUCGUUAUACUCUUCCUUCACGAGCCCCAUCUUCACCACGACACGUUUGGUGCCACAUCGCGCCUUCUCCAUCAUGGCAAAUUCCCAUCACGACCUCUUCGACUACACAUCAGGGCGCUGGGUGUAAGUCUCAUACAUGUUGUUCUAUAGCAUACAUUUCUGACCCGUAAUCCAACUUGUUCAGAUUUAACGAUGCUCUUCGUCACGCAGAGCGGAGACUCGUUUUCGACGUCGAGGGGCUAGGUCGACUUGCAGCGCAGUCCGUUGGUCAAAGUCCUUCCUCAUCACCUUGCGCGACGACUUCCAAAUGGUCGCUCGUAUUCCGUACCCGGCUACGGUCCCCAAGUACUUCGCUGUGGCCAGCGAAGUCGCCACAAUGGAGUUCCUCCGUUCCUCUGGGCUGCCUGUUCCCCAGGUAUACGGAUACUCGCCUGCGUCGGACAACGCGGCGAAGACCGAGUACAUCUUUAUGGAAUUCAUGAGAGGUACGAAACUCAGCGAUGUAUGGCUGAAGCUGGAGGAAGCGGAUAUCGUUUCAAUCUUGCGCCAACUUGCUCAGCUCGAGUCUCAAAUGAUGUCGAUUUCUUUCCCCGCUGGCGGAAGCCUCUACUACGCCCACGACCUGGAGAAGGUGGCCGGGAGAGCGGCCAUCCCGCUCGAGGACGAGCGUUUCUGCGUUGGUCCAGAUACGAUACUGCCUAUGUGGUAUGGCAGGAGAUCACAGCUCGACGUAGACCGGGGACCGUACGAAAGCGCCGAAGCAGCGCUCGUACCAGCAGCCCGCAAGGAACUGGCUUAUCUCGAGCAGUUCGGUCAACCGCUCUUGCCGUUCCGCCGCGAGAGGAGGGCUGGUUACCAGUACCAGGAGCAGUCGCCGUCGGCCCACAUCGAGAACUUGAAGCGCUAUCUCCUCAUCGCAUCGUCACUCGUGCCUAGGGACCCCGCCCUCGGUCAUUUCUGCAUCCGCCAUCCAGACCUCCAGCAGAGCAAUAUCGUCGUUCGGUGGUCGUCCGACUCUGGCUGGCAAGUCGUCAGCCUGCUCGACUGGCAACACGCCUCCAUCCUGCCCCUGUUUCUCCUUGCCGGCAUACCCCAACGCCUCCAGAACCACAACGAUCCCGUCUCGCAAUCUAUGACGCCGCCUUCGCUACCGGAGAAUUUCGACAAGUUGGAAGAAACCGAGCGGACCGCAGCGGAGGAAGUCUACCGUCGCCGCCUUGGCCACUACCACUACGUCACGAACACGGAGGAGUACAACAAGCCCCAUUACGAUGCCUUGACGGACCCCAUGUGCGUGCUCCGCAGCCGCCUCUUCCACUACGCCGGUAACCCGUGGGAGGGCGAGACUCUCGAGCUGAAGGUUGCGCUCAUACGAGCAACGGAGAGGUGGGAGACGCUUACGAGGGGAGGCGCGCCGUGUCCGGUCGUGUUCGACGCUGAGGACGCACGCGAGACGACGGAGCUGAAUGAAGUACAGAGAAAAGCAGACGAGGCUUUCGAGGUGUGGCAGGACAUACUCGGCCUCGGGCCGGAGGGCUGGGUGCCCACCCAGGACUACGAGGAGGCCGUGGCACUCUGCAAGCAGAUGAAGGAGGAGGCGUUGACGGAGGCCAAGUCAGAGGAGGAACGGGCGGAGAUCAUGGGUCACUGGCCCUGGGACGACAUGGACGAGCAGAAAUAUAUGUGACGAAUUGAGCUAGAUAUUCCGCGGUGUUAUAGUAUAUCUUGUCUGCUGUUGUAUUUACUCUUUUCAUAUCUGCGACAGGGCGCCCAAACGCGGCGGCUGAACCAUGCGAGUGCUAACGUCGCGCACAGAGAAAAUACGAAGCAUCCAAGUCGUAGCCGGAAAGGGAUUCCCAGAAACAGUUGGGCUCAGAGUCCGAGUUAUCGUCUGUCUCUAGAGGCGUAAGGACGACAGAGCUUUCAGGUUCCGAGUUGCACUCUGUGUCUGAAAGUGUAGAUAUGGCAGGAUCGUAAAAGAAUGGAGGAGCAUCGUAGCGUCAGUCAAGGCGUUGCCGGAGAGCUCUGAGAAUUGAGAUCCAGUGGUACACCCAGCUUGUUGGGUCGUCAGUCGCCUCUCUCUGUGUCUGUCUGUCUGUCUGUCUGUGAUUUGUUGCCAAGAAGUAUGGAGACGUAGGCGACGUCAAGAUCAACGUAAGAGAGAGAAAGAGAGC